GGAAAUUAGGUACUUUUGUGCCUCUGGAAAAGUUGCAGAAGCGAUAAAUGAGCGUCUGAGUGGCUGAAUUGUGUGCCUGGUGAAAUAUCGCGGCGCACGCGCCAUUUCCCUUCGCUCUGGCAACCCGCGCGCGAGUGCGGAUUUCUGGCCAUGGAAGCGCGCCGAGCGACGCGGCAAUGGCAGAACGUGUGUGACUGAGCCCCACUACGCAUGCGCAGCGCUUCUGUAGCGUGACGGUGGAUUUGUGAAUGUGUAGCGCUUUCUCGGACGGCUAGACGACCGUUUUUCCCACGGAAUAUCUUCUUUUUUAUUGGACUAAUCAAGACACGGCGAGCGCGCGAGUGUGCUACGAAUUGGCAAUCGUGACCCGAAGAGCAAUAGAACUGCCAGCAAGAUGCCAGAUAAAGUGGAGCGGAAUAGUAGCAAGUUGAAUCUGGAGGCGCAGAGGUUGUCCGCCACGGACGCUGUCAUUCCCAAGGAGUCCUACAAGACCAUUCCGGACAUUGAUCACCAUCAGCAUAAGGUUGACGUUGAGGGACUCGAAAACGGUCUGUGUGAUCUUUUGUCGCAUUGUGUCUUUUGCAUGGUGAUUGGCGACGCAGUGAAGAACUCAAACAUGGUGCGCGAGAAGGUGGACAUGUCUGAGGAGGGCGCGGACGAGAAGAUGCUGGGCGCUGGCGAGGAGGAGCAGCAGAAUCUGGCCAAGAAGGAGGAGGUGAAGUUCAUCAGUGGCGGCGAUCAGGUGAAUGGCGAUGCGAAGAUCGAUAUUGGCGCUGUGGACAAGGCGUUCACGGGACUGACGAAGGAGGAGCUGCUGAAGUUCGCCAACGAUCCGUUCUGGGUGCGUCUGCGUUGGUUCCUCUUCGUGUGCUUCUGGGGCCUCUGGGCGGGCAUGCUGAUCGGCGCCGUGCUGAUCAUCAUCUAUGCGCCCAAGUGUGCCGCUCCGGAGCCACUGUCGUGGUGGAAACAGGGACCGCUGGUGAAGAUCGACACGCCGACGCCGGACGACAGUGUCGUGAGUGCCAUCAAGGCGCUGGGCGUGAAGGGUGUGAUCUACGAGGUGCCCGCGGAUGAGACGUACAACAUUGGCACGGAUCCGGCCAUUUCCGACGCUCUGAAGAAACUCGCGGGCGCUUUUAGUGCGGCCGGAGUGAAUCUCAUUGUCGAUCUCACGCCGAACUUCGUCACGCGUGAGGAUCCACUCUUCCAGAGGGCCACGAACAAUCCGGACGCGAGGAGUGCCUUCGUGUGGCGCGAGGGCAAUCAGGUGCCGAACAAUUGGCUGUCGCUGGUGAAUGGAAGCGCGUGGACGAACGAGGGUGGUUUGAUCUUCCUGCAGCAAUUCGGCGCGGAUCGCUUUGAUCUGCAGCUGAAGGACCCUGUGGCGCUGACGAAGCUCAAGGGUGUCCUCAAGGAGGUGGUUGGCUUGGGCGCCAAAGGAAUUCGACUGGCCAACACGAAGCAUUUCAUCAUCAAUCCGGAAUUGCCCGAUGAUAUUCCCUCAACCAUUCCGAAUUACGUUCACACGCAGUACGAUUUCUGGGCUCACGCGCACACAACUUACCAGGACGGCUUGGGAGACUUGCUGUACGAUCUCAGGACUUACGUGCACAACAUCACGAGUGGCGAGGGAUUCCUGGCAUCGCUGGAUGACAUCGAUCGGCCGGAGUUGUAUGUGUCGUCGUCUGGAUUGCCGUCGGUGGACAUGAUUCAGCUGGGCAAAGUGCCGAAUCUCGUGGCCAACAGCACAGCGGCGAAGAGUGUCUACAGGGAGUUGAGGAAUGUGUGGGUGACAGUUGAGUCUGGGAAGCACUUCUGGAUGCAAUGGAAUUACGUGAAGCAAGAGAUGCUGAAGCACAUCAGUCUCUCCGAGUACAACAUCUUCCUGCAACUCCUGCCAGGCGUGCCGGUGUUCAAUGUCGAUGCGCCCAAGGCGAAGCCCGAAGAUUACGCCACGGACGCUUUCCACAAGAUCCGUUCCUCGCCAUCCUUCAUGCACGGCAGCUUCGAUCUCUACAGAGAUGUCAACAGCACAGUCAUUGGAUACUCGAGGUCAAAGUCUGGUAACCCCGGAUUCUUCGUGGUCCUCAAUCCCACUGAGCAGUUUGUGGAUGCCAACUUCACAAAUGUGGCCGGAAUAGCUGACGAGCUGACUGUGCACACGAUCAGUGCCAAUUACAACGUCACGAAUGUCUCUGUAAAGGCAAAGGUGACCAGCUCAUCGAUUCCCGUCUCUGGAUAUUCAGCCAUGAUUCUCACCUAUGUUCCCAAGGGCUAAGAAAUGCGCCCGCUAAGCCAGUAGAAUCGUCCGCCUUGCCAAUGGUUCGUGGGCAACACUUGUGGGACGAAUAUUUUAUCCAUUUUAGAGCUCAGGCUUCAGUAGAGUUUGUUGCUUUGCAAUUUAGCGUGAAAACAUGGAAUUUCUCAGCUAAAAAUACAGCUAAACAAGCAUGGAAAAA